UAAAGAGACCCUUCUUUUUCCAGAAGAACCGACUCCACAUAAAACCAACAGCCCACCCUCUGGAGUUGCAUACGCUCAUGAUGUCUUGGACUGUGGCCUCAAGCCAUGCCCCCUGCCUUUUCCUAGCCUUUCUGCAGAUCCCAUGGGCAGAUAUGGACAGCCAGAUAGCAUAGGGACAGCACCUACACACCCUGCCAGCGCCGCAGGGGCCUCUGCUCCGAGUCCUAGGAUUGAAAUUACUUCAUAUCCUGAACUGAUUAAUUCAGGGGGUCCCUUCCGCAGCAGAGACACAAAUGUUCUUUUGGUAGAACAUCAGUCAAACUCAGCUACCACUAGCCCAAGGGUUACCCUGCCUGUCCCUGGCUUUGAGGGCUACAGAGAACCACUGUGUCUGAGCCCAGCUAGUAGCGGCUCUUCUGCAAGUUUCAUUUCAGAGACAAAUUUAUCUCCUUGCACAUCACCAUGUGUUUCACCAAAUAAUGGUCCUAGUGAUGACCUUUGUCCGCAGUUUCAAAACAUCCAUACUCAUUAUUCUCCUAGAACCUCUCCAAUAAUGUCACCACGAACAAGCAUCACGGAGGAAACCUGCUUGGGACAGCAUUCACCAUCACCACGUCCCAACUCAAGGUCUUCAUCACCAGGUGCAAAACGGAGGUACUCUUGCACUCAGCAGCCUUCCACCUCUCCACGACAGUCAAGGACCCCCUCUCCACAGUCCUCUCCACGCAUCCCCCUGAGGGAAGACAGCUCUACGCUUACUUACACGCAGUUGUCCAGCGCUCCACUUUCCAUGGAUGCUAUGAACAGCCUUCCUACAGAUCCUUCCUGUGGUGUUCCCACCAAAAUUUGGAAAACCAGCCCUGACCCUUCAUCAAUGCCAUCCCACAAAAACAGCAUUCCGUGCCACGUCUUUCAGACUGUUGACUUCCACGGGCCCUGCGAGCAGGAGGACAGGAGAAACUCAGCGCCAGAAUCGAUUUUGUUGGUUCCUCCGUCCUGGACAAAGCAACUGAUGCCAGCAAUACCUAUCUGCAGCUUACCUGUCCAGUCUCUGCCGCCCCUCGAGUGGCCGCUCUCCAGCCAGUCCGGCUCCUACGAGCUGCGCAUCGAGGUGCAGCCCAAGCCCCACCACCGCGCGCACUACGAGACAGAGGGGAGCCGAGGGGCCGUGAAGGCCCCGACUGGAGGCCAUCCUGUGGUCCAGCUUCACGGUUACAUGGAGAACAAACCCUUGGGUCUUCAGAUCUUCAUUGGGACAGCAGAUGAACGGAUACUCAAACCUCAUGCUUUCUAUCAAGUCCAUCGCAUUACAGGAAAAACUGUCACCACCACCAGCUAUGAAAAAAUUAUUGGCAACACCAAAGUUUUAGAGAUCCCACUGGAACCCAAAAACAACAUGAAAGCAACCAUUGACUGUGCGGGGAUUUUGAAGCUGAGGAAUGCGGACAUCGAGCUGCGUAAGGGUGAGACGGACAUCGGCAGGAAGAACACCCGCGUCCGGCUUGUCUUCCGCGUGCACAUCCCUGAGUCCAGCGGCCGCAUCAUCUCUCUGCAGGCUGCAUCAAACCCCAUCGAGUGCUCCCAAAGGUCUGCUCAUGAACUUCCGAUGGUUGAAAGACAAGACAUUGAUAGUUGCCUGGUGUAUGGAGGGCAACAGAUGAUCCUGACAGGACAGAAUUUCACAGCGGAGUCUAAGGUGGUGUUCACAGAGAAAACUUCAGAUGGGCAGCAGAUCUGGGAAAUGGAGGCAACAGUGGAUAAAGAUAAGAGCCAGCCUAGCAUGCUCUUUGUAGAAAUACCGGAGUACCGCAACAAGCACAUUCGCACACCUGUGAAGGUGAAUUUCUAUGUCAUCAAUGGUAAAAGGAAAAGAAGCCAACCCCAGCAUUUUACCUAUCACCCAGUACCAUCAAUCAAAACAGAGCCCAUUGAUGACUAUGAUCCAGCCCUAAUCUGCAAUACAGUACACAGUGGUCUGGGAACAGUAACACAGCCGUACUAUUCACAGCACACAAUGGUCACCGAAUCCCCUUCCUGUCUUGUGGCCACUAUGGCUCCCUGCCAGCAGCUGCGCUCGGGCCUUUCUUCUCCUGAUUCUCGAUACCAUCCGCAGAAUCCAGCUGCAGUAGUAUACCAAAGAAGCAAGAGCCUUAGCCCAAGCCAGCUGGGAUACCAGCAGUCCGGUCUGAUGGCUACACCGGUUGCAAUUUCAGAUGCCCAUAGGUCAGUGCUAGUGCAUGCUGGUUCGCCAGGCCAAACUUCAGCAGUGCUCCACCACUCUCCAGGCAACCAGCAAUCUUCUCCAGUGAUCCACUACUCUCCAACCAACCAGCAGCUGAGGUGUGGAAGUCACCAGGAAUUUCAGCACAUUAUGUGCUGUGAAAAUUUUACGUCCAGUGUUGCGAGACCAAGCCAGCCCCAAGUCAGUCAAGCACAAAGAUUAAGUCCGAGUUCAUAUCCUACCGUGAUCCAGCAGCAGACAGCUUCAGGCCAGCGGGGAGCAAAAAAUGGACAACCAGUCAGCGACCAGAAAGAAGUAUUACCAGCUGGAGUCACUAUUAAGCAGGAGCAGAAUUUGGACCAAGCGUACCUGGAUGACGGUAAGCACCACUCCUCUCUUGUACGGCUCUGAUGGUUGGAGGGAGGGGUGAAGCUCGUGUAAAUCCCACCUGUCCCUUGGCACAACGAUGACGAGGCCUCCUUCUGAUGAGUGUGUGUAUUUGCUGUUUGCUCAUACAAGUAUGUUUUUUGUCUUCUAUCAGUUGCGUUUUUGGUAGAUGGCAGUGUGCUAUGGCUACUGUGCAGAAAGCAGCGUUCAGCAGAAACUCUCUGUCUUGCUUCGUGACAUGGAGUGAGCUGUCAGGUUUCAAGCUGUUGCCAUUUUGUUUCCAUUUGCCAAGCAUUACUUUAAAAAAUGGAGAAAUUGAAACAAAAUGCACUUUUAAGUUAUUUUUUAUUAUUCAUAUCAGGGCAAAGUCCACUUUGCAAAAUGCUUUUGUACAUUUUGUACCAAAAAAACCCCAUUGAACAGUCUAUCAAGGCCUGUAAUGAAUAGGGUUGUGCUGCAGGCAAAACUAUUGCAGAUGUUCUAGAUGAACAGUAGGACAUUGAUAAGUAAAACAAUGCCGUUUCUUUGUUGUGAGCUUUGCAGAUUUAGCCUUUAGGAAUGAAUAUAAGUUAGAGUAAAGCUUUCUUUGAACAUAUCCUGCUUUUUCUUAGGUAGGCAGAUACUGGCAAACUGGUUGGUUGGUUCUUUUAUUAAAAUAGUAGGACUGUUCCUUGCAAGAGGAAAUCAAUGCAAAGUUAAUACUAGCUGCUGGCUGCUGCAGUCAUGAAGGCCACUAGCAAAACUUACAUUGAUUUUACUGGAGCAGAGUGAGAUUGCUUGAUGUAUUGCUGCUAAUACAGAGCGUUCUUACAAAGUAAAGACUUGAUUUUUGCAUGUAUUCACUGCUCUUAUCCUUUCAGUCUAGGUAAUUGCAUGCAUGAUUUGAGAUUUCUCCUUCAGUAACCCAACUAGAAUUGUAACACUGUACGCAUGAAAUAAUUUUUUUCCCAGGUUGAGGUACUGAGUGCUCUGUGGCUGUCAUACACAGUUUUGCUGCUUUUGUGGACAAGGUAGAACAUCCACAAUUACUUAAUUAAUUUACUUAAUUAAUUUACUCCAUUGGUCUCUGUUUGAAAUAAAUGUGAUUGAUUCAGUUUUGGUGCUGUGACAGUAAAAUCUGUGGAGUUUUUACCAACCUGCAUGAAAACAGCUAAGAAAAUCCACUUCCCGUUCAGAGAAUGGGGCAUGAUAGCAAAGCAAGAUAAUCUUUCUGGUGAUAAAAAUGAAUGCUGUGUUGUAAGGCACUUUUAAUAUGACUAGCUGAGGGGCUCUUCUAUGAGAAAUACUUGGCAAAAACCUUGUAAGAGAAACAGAAAGAAGGAAAGAUGAAGUUAAAGCUAGCAAACUUUAGUCGAGCCCAAGUCCACUUAAAUGAACUCCCAAAACAGACCACAACAUUAAUUUCAGUGGAUUUUGAAUCAGGCCAGAAGCAUGUAAAUACAGCAUAGCUCACAAGGGAUGUGCUUGACCUCUGUUCUAAGAGGAGCCAUUAGGCAGAGUAGCAGCAAGUUAGAAAUGAAAUUCCAGGCUUCUGUCUGAGAGUUAGAGAUUACUAUAUCAAUUCAUCUGCACAAAUCAAGCAAGGUGAUGUUGGUCACAUCCAGCUCCUUACUGACUUCAAUGAGCUUACAUCGGUUAGAAGUGUGACUUGGAAAACUGUGAUUUACUUUAGGACUUUGCAAAACAUUUGAUUCUGAAAUGUUCAGGACUUGAAUUGAAAAGCCACUUUGUUUGCUGCUGAGGAAAAGUGACUCAGAACUUAACAAAAGCCGUAUUUUUCCUAGCUAGAAAGUUUAUUUUUGUUCUUUAUAGUAUUAAAAGAAACCAAACCCUAAGGAUUAUGGAGGCUUUGCCCUCAAAUCCCUUUUAUCCAGAAAACUCUUCUGAGAUGAAGUGAGCCGUUAGGUCUUGUGGUUUUCACAGGCAGAUACUGAGGUGAUGGCUCCCCAGCAUGGCUUGGCACGAGCACACCGCCCUGUCGCUGAUGUUCAGAUGUUAGGCAAUGACUGUUCUGGUGUCUCUCGCUUCCCUUCUCUCCUCUUCCCUUCCCCCAUCUUCCUCCUCCUUCCUUGUUGUUCUUCUUUCUCCAUAUUUCUGCUGACAGUCCAGCUUUUGACUCUUCCUGCAUCUCUGACCCCUUCUUCUCACCUCUUGUCCUCUGUCUUCAUGGUUAACACGCAACCUUAAUGUUCUGGACUUUGCUUCUAUUCUGAGCUCUGCCCUGAACUUCUUGUGUGCCUUGGGACAGGCCCCAUGGAGAACUGCUCCAUCAGUUCUCACUCCUGAAGCUGCCGCCUCUCAGAGGGAGUACAGAGUCCCAGUGUUUGAGCUUCCUGGAUGUGACCAGGGAAGAAUAUCUCAUAGAUAACACAAUUACUUUAACACAAUUAUUUUACA